AUGCUCCUCAUGAAGUUCCCUACUCCUAACGGGACAGGCUGUGUGAAAGGAGGUCAGCAGCUUGCACAUGAGUGUUAUUCAACGACUGUGUCACGGUUGACGCGCCGCCACGAGAUCCUUACGGAGGCAGAAACAGCUCCUGUGGGGGAGGCAAAGAAGAGUAAUCAUCUAACCAGAAAGAUUGAGAAGCGUGUGCAAGUUCGUACACUGGACUCCCACAUUGAAGAGCAGUUUGGGGGUGGUAGAUUGUUGGCCUGCAUAUCUUCCCGUCCUGGACAAUGUGGAAGAGCUGAUGGGUACAUCUUGGAAGGUAAGGAGCUUGAGUUCUACAUGAAGAAGCUCCAGAGGAAGAAGGGGAAGGGUGCCUCCACUGCCUAAGCAGUUCAUUCAACAGGCUUUAUCUUUUUGACUAUUUUGUGAAACCUAUCGCUAGCCGGGUCCUUUGUUAUUUAUAUGUUAUUGUGCUAGACAUCUAGUCAUAGUAAUUUAUUGCUCAAUUUAGUGUAGAGUUUGGAUUUUAAUAGAAGUCUGUUCGGACUUCUUCCUGUCACUCCAAACUUCCUUAAACAAUGUAGAAGUAUUAUGCUAGAGUUGAUUGGAGUUUUCAGAGUCUCU